AUCACGAAACUGAAAGUAACAGGCAGUGGCAGUUCUGCUGUGAUAAUAACUGUAGAAAUGGAGAUUUGGCAAAGUUUACCGCUGGACUGUCUGAUCAGUAUUUUCUCUCUUCUUCAAGAUGAAGAUUUAAUCAGAGCAUCCACAGUUUGUAAGGAAUGGUACUAUGCUGCAGAGACACCAUGGUUGUGGAGGAGAAUGUAUCUGCAGAGAUGGAGUUUCUGCAAUGUUUCCCAGCUUCUCUCAGACACGGAGACACACUCAUGGAAAGCUUAUUACCUGCGUCGUUCUCACCUAGAGAUGAAAAUGGAAACCGGCAGGUCAUGUGCAGACUACACGUGCAAAAGCCUACGAGGCCAUAAAGGCAGGAUUGUUGGUUUUGCAUACCUGGCUGGAAACGAUGGCUGCUCAGAUGUUUGGAAUUGCACUCCGGUUGUUUGCAGUGCAUCGACAGAUGGCACAGUCAAAGCGUGGGACAUUCACAAGGGUGUUAAUCUAUGGUCAAGUCCUGCCCAAAGCCCCAUGCAGGACAUCACAGUUGAUCCGGUGCAGUCUGUCGUUGUCACGUCUGACAGCACAGGAACAAUCAAAACUUGGAAGGGUGCAACUGGAGAGGAGGUGGCCUCCUUUAUGUCUGGAUUCUCUGAGACCACACUACUUUCAUUCAACAACAAAGACAGCUCUUUUCUCUUGGUGGGAACUAUUUUAGGUUCUCUGCUCGUCCUGUCUUGCCCUGUACUGUGUGAAGUCUCAAGGCACAUGGUGUGUGACUCCUUCAGGCUAAACCUCCUCCUCUCAUCGCCAGAUAGAAAAUGGAUACUUGCUGGCUCCAAAGAAAAAUUUGACUCGAGCCCAAAGGUAUUCUACAGUGAGAGUGUGUGCUGCCCUGCUGAAGAUGAGGACAGUCUGUGUCAUAGUCUGCCAGUCACUGGCUGUUGUGCCGCUGUCUUCCUCCCGUCUCAACCGGCACGGCUCGCAGUGAUCCAAUCUGAUGGCCUCUUCAGCCACAAAACAAUCUCAGUCUUUGACCUGACCUUAAAGGAAUCCAAGUACAAAAAGGAACCACAAGCUCAGCAAGUCACAUCUUUUCGGGUAGAACUGAGCCAUCGUUCAGAUGUCGUUCUUGAGGCAAGAGGGAGCAGCACUCUUCUGGUUGCAGACGGAAAACAUCUGAAGGUCUACACAUUUAAAGGAGAACUUGUAGCUAGUUUUGAAGACCAUUUACAGCCAAUCACUUCUCUUUGUGUGGACAGUUUUAGGGUGGUGACAGCAUCUCGUGACCUGUCUCUCAGAGUCUUGACCUGGAGAAAUGAUCCAGAACACGGGCUUACCCUUGCGAGCCAGUAUCAUUUGCUCGGAGGCUCCCUCACAAGGUCCAGAGGAUUCACCAGAGUUGCCUGUGAUUAUUCGAGUAUUGUGGCCUCGGUGGAUUCAUUGGAUGGGAAGGAUGUUUUGAAGGCUUAUACCUUUGAUUUCUGACCUCGAAACCACCAAAUGUAUUCAGAUCUUUUGCACUCACUGACCAGAUUCAUGUUUAGCAUGAUAGUGCAAAAGAUACUCUUACAUAAAGCAUAACUUUUCUUUUUUGUAAUAAGCUAAUCUUCAGUUAGCCAACACGCAUUCACCUCUACAUGUAAAAUAAAGACUGUUUUCAUUCA